AUGCCCAAGCGAAAGGCCCAGGCCAAGCUAUCUGGCUUUGUCGGAUCCGACGAUGACGAUCUGAUGGGAUUUACUGAACACGAAACUAUACCUCAGGGCCAGGAACAUGAACCAGAACCGCAUGACGAACCUCCGGCCAAGAAGCGAAGAGGCCGACCACGCACGUCGAACGAGAUUGCUGCCGAUGCGAAAACUACUGCCAGAUCGAAGAGGCAAGGGUCAUCACAGGCGCCAGAGGAAGAAGCGCCCGCGAAGGCUACUCGGCGAGGAAGGCCUCGUGGCACUUCCGACACCGCGGAACCUUCGCGCGCAUCGGUAGCAAAACAACCGGUUGAGCCUCAGGAAGAAAUACAGGAGCAAGAAAAUCCUAAGGCGACGCGAACGACAAGGACGGCAAGAUCUACUGCGACCCGUGGUCGAGGUCGAGGCCGAGGUCGUACGGCCAGUGUCGCCAGGCCAUCGGUAACAGAUGGCGAUUUCGAAUAUACACCCACGCGCGCGCAAUCAUCACAGAAGGAGGUGGAAAUCCCCGACACGCAAAUGAAUGACGCUCAUGCGACGGGACACGAAGUGGAGGAGUCGAUCAUGCCCGAGCCAUCUGCGAACUAUGCACAGUCGACUAUCACCAAGAAUGCAAAGGCCCGCGCGGCCGCAGCGCGCAACAGUCAGGACGCCUCUCCGCGAAAGCGCAAGUCUGGUGUUGCUACUGAACAGGCAGAUCCGGAGCUGAGACGUCGCAUUGGGGAUCUUACAAGGAAAAAUGAUGCGUUGGAAUCUAAAUAUCGUGAUCUUCGAGAGAUUGGUGUUGAAGAGGCGAAAACAAAUAUAGACAAGCUGCGGAAGCAGUGUGAAAGCAUCACGAUGGCUUCUGACAAACUCGUUUCUUCCCUCAAAACUGAAUUGGAGGCCCAGAAAGCAUUGGGACAACAGAGUCGAGGUCUCCAAAAACAAUUGAAGGAGCGUGACGCCGAGGUGGCUCGGCUCAAGACCCAAGCCGAGGGGGCCGAAGCUCAGCUGUCUUCGGCGCAAUCCGAGAUCAAAGCCUUGCAAACAAAACUUGCUGCUGCCCGGAACACAGCUGCCGGUUUGGAAUCCGCGGUCAAGGUCCCUGGAAGCGCCAUCAAGGGAGGUGCCGCAAACCGCGCAGCUGCAGCUGCAAAUGCCGAAGCAGUCCAGUCCGCCCAACUGGCCCAGCUGAGGGAAGACUUGUACAGUGACCUGACAGGCCUCAUCAUCCGCGAUGUCAAAUCAAGAGAUGAGGAUCACCUGUAUGAUUGCAUCCAGACUGGAGUCAACGGAACGCUUCAUUUCAAGUUGGUCAUCCCCAAAACAACAAGCGGGGCAUGGGAGAAAGCAACCUACCAGUAUAUGCCGCUUCUAGACGCCAACCGUGACCGCGAAUUAGUGGACAUUUUGCCUGACUUUUUGAUGGAUCACAUCACUUUUGAGCGACAAGCUGUGACGAAGUUCUACUCGCGUGUCAUCGAUGCUCUGACCAAGCGACGGAUCAGCUCUACAUAG